GCCGAGAUGACACCAGAACGCUAAAAAUAUAUAUUUCGCUUCCUAUUUAAUACUUGUUGAUAAAAUGAUUUGUUAUCAUUGUUUCAUUUCGCAAAAUUAACAUUGUUUGUUUAAUUUUUAUUCUAAUAUGUCUUACGGCUUUAUUCUUUGAAGUAAAAACAACGUGUGGAAAGAUGAACUAUUCAACCGGUAUUUUCUCUACUUCCAGGAAAUAGCUUAAAUGGCUGACACAACAAACCUUCUGGAUGUUUGGCUGAACUGACAACCAGAUAUUCAAUCACUAAAUAUAGAAAUGAACAUUAUUUUGUUAUAAUGUAAAUGGAUUGCUCAACGUGAAACAAAUCAAGUUCGUUGGAAAAAGGAACACGUCAUGGCUUUUCAUCGGUAGAUAAUACUAGUUUGUGGUUACCUAGAAACUGUUCAUACUUGAAAACCAUUAAAUAAUACAGAACAUCAAGACGUGUUUUCCCUAUUUCCAAGCAGCCCUAUUUUUAUACGAAUUACUCCUACUUGUAUUUAUAAAAAAAAGUCUCAGAGCUGGGCAACAUCUUUUCUGUACACCAUCGUAUUGUUAUUCAUCUGAGGACCCACCAUCACUUUUGCUAGAUCGAUGUUUUUCCACAGAGCGAUGAGGUAUUACAGACUCUGGAUCUACUCUUGUAACCUGACCUUACUCCUCAGCGUCUUGAUUUUCGUAUCUCUUGCUGCCUGGAUCUUUUCCGACCACCACAUGGCCCUCUUUCCUUAUAUCCGUUUACACCAGCCCACCCUGGUUUAUGCCUACUUUGCUCUUGUCUUGCAAGGUGGAGUUCUACAAGCUCUUGGUUGCUGGGGGGCAGUGCGAAUGAAUGAACGACUAUUAAACGCUUACUUGCUGAUCAUUUUGGCCCUCUUCCUUGGUGACCUCGUAAUGGGUGUUGUAUGGACGUUUCAUUAUAGUCACAUAACAGCCAACUUACGUUACGAUCUAAAGGAAAGACUCCAGAUGGAUUAUGGGAAAGAACUAACAUUUCAGAUCUUGUGGGAUCGAAUUCAGGAGGAUGCUCACUGCUGUGGUGUCGAUGGUCCAAGAGACUACAAUCAUACUCUUUGGCUGCAUCAGCAACGACCAAAGUACCACCAGCUGGUUCCGCUAGGCUGUUGUCAUUUUAGAUUUGAAACCCGCAUGUGGGAAUAUGCGUUUCCGAACCACUCGUGUGUCGAGAGUGAGGUUUACCAAGAUGGUUGCUAUGGUGAAGUCCAAAGAUGGCUCCAGGGAAGUGUAGGUCUUCUAUGUGUACUCGGCUUUUGUGUAAUUACAUUCCUGAAAGUUUGUUUUCUUGGAAUUCUUCGGUACGAGAUACGAGAAAUGAUCCAGAAGAUCAGAAUCAUCCAAGAGCUCGAGGGAUCUUCUCCUUUGCUUGGUAUGAAUUUCCAGUUGAUCAGACCAUCUAUUCAAAGUGACGUCUUUUCAAAGAAAGGAAAUUACAUACUUUCAAAAGAGACACUGAAGAGCAUACAUGGAAAUAACAACGAAUACGAAUGUUUAGACUUCAAACGAACUAGUGACGUUUAAUUCUUAAAAUACUUAACAAAGUUUUACUCUGAUAUUCAUUUGCUUACUUCUUAUUCUGAGUUCGUGAGCAGCUUUAAAACAUCUUGAAUAUAUUUGUGUUUUUAUUCUUACAAUAAAGCCAAAGUCAGUCAGAAGUA